GAAAAUAAUACAGGACAAAAAUGGAGAUUCAAAAAGUUAAAGAUUUGUAACUGUUAAAACACAAAUUGUUAAGAUCAUCUGUCAAAAUAUACAAUCCAUGCUUUUCCCAGAUGCUCAGCGGUUUAAGAGAUGGUCAUCAUCUGCCCCCGUGAGCCCGGUGCUGCAGAACUCGCUGGAUGAUGUGAACAUGCUUUUUGAGUUUCUUUUAGCUGAGAUUGAAAUUGACAAAAAUCUGAGGCUCUCCAUAAAAGACGAGGAGCUGGCUUCGCUGAGGAAGGCCAAAGAAUUUGACACUGUCUGCAAUGACAUUAUCCCCAAGAGCAUCACAGAGAUUCGUCGGCUGAGUGCCAGACUGUCUGACUACCCGAGGGUCCUAAAGAAAGAAGAUUUUGAAAGGACAGUUUUGACCAUGGUCUACACAGCUUACAGGGCAGCUCGAUCUCGGAAGCACCAGAAAGACUCUUGGGCCGAAUCCUUCAUCAGUCUCUACAAGGCCCUGAAGCAUGACUUGAUGUUCUCAUGCAGCAAAAAGCCACUGCACUGAAGGAAUUUAUACACCAAGAAUGCAACAAGCUCUGAUGAGAAGGGGACACAUAGCACGUCCACCACUUUAUUCUGUAAACAAUUUGUCUAGGCGUAGUUAAGGAUUCUUUAUUCUCUAGCUCCCCCUAGUGGGAUCCUGUUAUAGAAACAUGUUAAAUAGGAAAAACAUCUUGUCUGCUUCAGUCCCUGGCAUCCAUUCUCAU